ACCUGCAAUAAAACUGGUAAUAUUUAAAAAAAAUAUGUAUGUUUUUAAAUUAAAAAAAAGCUUUUAUAAUUUAGGUAAACGCAUUAAUAACGAUAAUUCUAGUAUUUUGGCUAAAAAUAAACGUACACGCAUGAAUACAACAACAACAUCUGCAUUUAUUCAAACGAAAUCGGCAUUUAACGGAUUAUGUCAAGAGUUUUUUAAAAAGAAUAUUGAUAAUAUUAAAAAAGUUAGAGAAUUUUUAGACAUUUCAAAGCCCGAGUUGAUCGAAUUACUAAAUAAAACCGUUCAAAAUUCUCCAAUAAAAUAUAAUGUUAAAUUAGAGGCAACAUAUAUAAUACCUAAUACCGAAAUUAAAGAAAAUAGAGCAUUCAAAACUAGUGCAAGAUCAUUGUUUCAAGUAGAUAAUAUAAACGAAAUGUUAGAAGCUGAUUUUAUAAAGUUACUUGAAGAAGAAGAAAAAAUGACCAACAAAGGUAGCGGCUUUUCGUUAAAUAGUAUAGACGGUUUAAUUAUAAAUAUUAACCGGUUCAAACCUAUAGGAGGUUCUUCUUACUUGCCAUUACCGACACACAUAGAAAACAAAAAAGCCACCAUUAAUGUUCAAAAUAUUGAUAACAAAUGUUUUAAGUAUAGCAUAUUAGCGAAACAUGUAAAUCCUGUUCAUGCCGAGAGAAUAGGUACAAAUUAUACCGAAGUGGAAGAUAAAUAUGAUUUUUCUAAUUUAAAUUUCCCCGUAAUGAUAAAUGAUAUUAAAAAAUUUGAACGUUUGAAUAAUGUGUCGGUUAAUGUUUAUAAUAUAAAAAAAGGAGAAAUCACUUAUAAAAAUAAUGUAAAAAAAUUAUCAAAAAUUAUUAAACCAGUUUACGGUAUUUCCAAUAAAAGUGUGCACAACUGAAUUAGAAGAUCACCAUGAUUUAUUAUUAUUUGGUGAUGGGUCAGGUAAAGAC